AUGGAAAUAUUCCUUGGGUUAUUACUGCUGACUUUUAAUGGAUAUCAUAUAGUGAUCGGCUCAGAUGAUUUUUAUUAUGAUACUUUUCCGAAUGACUUUCUCUGGGGUGUGGCAACUUCAUCCUACCAGAUAGAAGGCGCGUGGAAUGAAGGAGGAAAAUCAGAACAUAUAUGGGACAGAUUUAGUCAUGACAAUAAAAACUGGCAUAAUGAUACAGGAGAUAUUGCAUGUGACAGUUAUCAUAAAUAUAUGGAGGAUAUUCAACUGAUCAAAAGUCUUGGGGUUGACUUUUACCGAUUUUCAAUAGCCUGGACACGAAUUAUUCCAGAUCCAAUAGCAUAUAGAACUGAUAGAAACAAAAGCCUAAAUCAACCUGGUGUCGAUUACUAUAAUAAUGUUAUCAACGAAUUAAUUAAGUACAACAUUAAACCUUUGGUGACACUCUAUCACUGGGAUUUACCACAAAGUCUUCAAGAGCAGAUUGGAGGAUGGAAUAGCUCUGUAAUAGUAGAUUAUUACAAUGACUAUGCAGACGCAGCAUUUAAAACAUUUGGCGACAGGGUUAAAUAUUGGAUCACGUUUAAUGAACCCUGGGUAAUCUGCUGGAUGGGACACGGUUCUGCGGAAUAUGCACCCGGUAUCAAAGAACCUUCUGUAACACCGUACAGAUGUGGUCAUCACAUUAUCAAGUCACAUGCAAAAGCAUAUGAUACAUACAAGCAGCGGUAUAAAACUACACAGAAAGGUAUCGUAGUUUUACAAAUAUCAGUUUUAAAUGAGUUAAUUUUGAGACAAAUCUUAUCUAUAUAG